AUGCUUUCGUGGUCACGCAAAAGCUCAUCACGUAGCUCAGAGUGGUCCAACAGAAGCUCUGAACAAGGCUACAGCACUUUUCCAACAAGCAAAAUGCAUCAUAGUCUCUCCAUCCGCUCCAGCAAGGCGAGCAGCGGGGCCGGCUCGUCCGGCGGCGGUGGCGGCCGCGUGGGCUUCUCGCUGUCGUCGCUGCGCGGCUCGAUCCAGCCGGAGCUGUCGCGCAAGCUGUACAAGCUGAUCAAGACGUCCAACAACGUCAUCAGCGCGCACGAGGCGGCGGGCAAGGAGCGCGUCAGCAUCGCGACGCAGCUGUCCGAGUGGGGCGAGCAGACGCAGGACGAGGCUAUCAGCGACGUCAGCGACAAGGUCGGCGUCAUCCUCAGCGAGAUCGGCGAGCAGGAGGACAACUACGCCCACGCCCUCGACGACGCCCGCGGCUCCCUCAAGCAGAUCCGCAACACCGAGAAGAGCGUCCAGCCCAGCCGCGACGGCAAGCGCAAGGUCGCCGACGAGAUCGCCAAGCUCAAGUCCAAGGAGCCCGAGAGCGCCAAGCUGCCCACCCUCGAGCAGGAGCUCGUCCGCGCCGAGGCCGAGAACCUGGUCGCUGAGGCGCAGCUGACGAAUAUCACCCGCCAGAAGCUCAAAGAAGCCUACGAUGCCGAGUUCCUAGCCACGAUCGAGCGUGCCGAGAAGCAAAUUAUCCUGGCCCGCCACGGCCGCCGCCUUCUCCAUCUCUUGGACGACGCCGCCGUCACGCCAGGCGACGACCGCCAGCCCUACAAUCACGGAGCCCAGGCCCGGCAGAUCCUUAACGACGCCGAGGACGACCUCCGCGAGUGGCAGCCAGAUCCCGAAGAUCAACAUGUGGGAGAGCACCAGCAAGAGACCAUCCACGACCAGAAGCAGCCCGUUCAGCUCAGCAGCCCAACCAUCUCGAGCGGUGGAGAGUUCAGCCCCCGAGAGGCCACUCAUGGCGGAAACACACAGAAUAUUUCUGGUAACACGGGCGGUGAUGUGGUAGAGGCCCCCUCGACCGCCCAGCCUCAAGGUGAGCAUACGUCCGCGAAGCGAGGAGUAGGUGGUGGUGGUGGUGCCGGCGGAUGUGUUAGAAUUAAUGGCGGAGUCUAUGGACACCGCCGAGGAGCCUCAGACACUGAGAUCGAACUACAGUCACCGCAACAACAGCUUGAGGGAAGCACCCUAGUCACGUCUGGCAGCCCUAUCAGCAGCGUGGGUGGUUGGAGACACCAUGACGAUAGUAUCCUGAGGCAGAAGCAGCCCAGUUUGGCAUUCUAA